AUGUCAUCUGUCUAUAUCUCUCAGUGUGGGGUCACAAUCAAACCAUUUUCAGUUGGAGAUUUCAGAAGUUCAGAAGCUGACAGGAGAAUUUUGUUUGCUGCAAUGACAAGGGGUUCAAAUCAUACACUGGUAACCUUAAGGACAGGGAUUGAGAGGAGCUGUUGUGCACUGUGUCAACAACAGAAAGCCAAAUCUGAAAAUAUUUGCUACUUUUCACACUCAAGACAGAAGGAGAACUAUCAGACGAAGACUCCCUGCAUUAAGACACGUGUGAAGUUUUGUUUCAAGGACAGAGUAAGGAUGGAGCAAAGGGAGCCGACUAUGGAUCCUGCUGCUGAAGUUGCGGAGGGGAGGUUUAGAGAGUUGGCCACCAAGUGGUUCAUAGAUUCUCAACUGCCUCUUAUUGUCAACAAUGGCCUUUUCCCCACCUGGUUCCUGGGCUUCAUCAGCAGAAAAGAUGUUGAGGACAUGCUUAGAGAAAAGGACCUUGGCUGUUUCCUGAUUCGUCUCAGUGAUAAAGCUAUUGGAUAUAUUCUGUCGUACAAAGGCAGAGAUCGGUGUCGCCACUUUGUGAUAAGCCAGAGCGAGACGGGACGGUUUAUAGUGUGCGGAGACACAGAGGGACACAACACUUUGUUCGACCUAAUAGAACACUAUAAAACAAACCCUAUUGAGCCCUUUGGAGAAUAUCUGACAUCUCCAUGCAACGAUGUCAAUGAGGACCUCUAUGAUAUCAUCCAGGUCAGCCCCAAAGAAAAACCGGCUGCUCCUCUCAGAGCAGCCAAGAAAGUACGUAAGCAGCAAAUGAACUCAGCCACAGAGCAGGCACCAAGGACUCGAGAGGAAGCGCCACCUUUGCCACGGAGGACCAGGCAUGGUGAGAGCAACCCCGUCAGUGAGAAUGAUCGGGUUCUGUAUGCUCAGCUUAGGAAGCAAACAUCUAGAGCCCAUUACACCUCCAGGGACAAGUCCCCCAGCUCAAAUCAAGGCAAAGUCGAGAGGCUGAACACUAAAGAAAACAGCAGCAGGUGUAGUCCUUUAUCUGAUCCUGAAUCUCUCUACUCUGAGCUCAACGCGCUUGACAGCAAGAGCAUGUCCCUGCCUCUGCUGGACAACAUCUCUGAUGGCGAGCAAUGUUAUAGACUAAGAGUACCUCCUGACACACCGCCACGACUUUCCCCGAGGCCAGUCCGGCAGGCCUCCGGCGGCAUCUCGCAGUUAAACAGCAGCCACAGCCUGGAGGGCCUGAGCGACCACUCGGUCUAUCAUCUGGCUGGCAGCCACAGCCCAACAGCAUCUGAAACUGCAUCAUCCACAGAGCAGCUCGAUGAUUCCCUGUAUGCUGAAGUCUCCAUCGAAGCCCCUGUCAUUGACAACGACAACACUUAUGAGAUCCUCCCCAACCACGAGGAGCCCAUCAAGCCCAAAGCCAACAGUAACACUCAAGAGCGUGGGGAGGAGACCAAACGCAAAUGUAACCAUGUAUCCUGGGGGAUAAAGAAUGACAAAUGGAAAUGGCUCUUCCCCGAGACCAAGAGGAAGUGACAAACCAACUAAUGAAGAAAAAAGGCUUACCUAAUUCCACUUAUCUAACACUAUUUUGCUACUUCUGUUGUAUAUUUGCUUUCAAUGUACAAAUUUAUUUAAAACCGAUCAAAGUUACCCAUGUAUGUCUGAUUGAAUUUAUUAAAA